AUGGGGGAAAAUCAGACAGUGGUGACAGAGUUCAUUCUACUAGGAUUUUGUCUUGGCCCAAGAAUUCAGAUGGUUCUCUUUGGGCUCUUCUCUCUGUUCUAUGCCUGCACCCUGCUGGGGAACAGCAUCAUCCUGGGGCUCAUCUGGCUGGACUCCUGACUGCACCCCCCCAUGUACUUCUUCCUCUCCCACCUGGCCAUCGUCGACAUAGCCUAUGCCUGCAACACCAUGCCCCAGAUGCUGGUGAACCUCCCGAAGCCAGACAAGCGCAUCUCCUUUGCUGGCUGCUUGACACAGACCUUUCUCUUUUUGACUUUUGCUCUGACAGAAUGUCUUCUCCUAGUGGUGAUGUCCUAUGAUCAGUAUGUGGCCAUCUGCCACCCCCUCCAAUAUUCUGCCAUCAUGAGCUGGAGGGUCUGCAUCACCCUGGUGGUGACUUCCUGGGCAUGUGGCUCCCUGCUGGCCCUGGUCCAUGUGAGCCUCAUCCUGAGGCUGCCCUUCUGUGGGCCUCGUGAAAUCAACCACUUCUUCUGUGAAAUCCUGUCUGUCCUCACUGCCUGUGCUGACACGAGGCUCAACCAAGUGGUAAUUUUUGUGGCUUCUGUGUUUGUUUUAGUCGGGCCCCUCUGCUUGGUGCUAUUUGCCAUCCUGAAUAUCCAGUCUGGGGAGGGCCGCAGAAAGGCCUUCUCCUCCUGUUCCUCCCACCUCUGUGUGGUGGGGCUCUUCUUUGGUAGUGCCAUUGUCAUGUGCAUGGCCCCCAAAUCCCACCACCCUGAGGAACAGCAGAAGAUCCCUUUCUUGCUUUACAGCUUUUUCAACCCUAUGCUGAACCCACUGAUCUACAGCCUGAGGAACGCGGAGGUCAAGAGUGCCCUGAGGAGAGCGCUGUACAAGGAAGGUCAUUCCCAGCUGGAGUGA